CGCAUUCUUCUCGUUCCAAAACGCGGCGAAUCGCAUCGUUUUGUUCAUCUUCGACUUCUUCUAGGGUUUUCUCAAAUCGUUUACUGCGUUGCGUUUCUUGGUUCGUUGUUCCCUGGAUUUCGUAAUCGGCAUAAUUUUCGAUCUGUGUUUGAAGAGUUUAUCUGAGGAAGAACGUUCUUUUUUUCUUCUCUUGUAACAAACUUUAUCAAUUCAGCAGGAUUGAAUGAUCUAAUGGAGUCAAAAGGAGGCAAGAAGAAGUCUAGUAGUAGUAAAUCAUUAUUCUACGAAGCUCCCCUCGGUUACAGCAUUGAAGACGUUCGUCCAAACGGUGGAAUCAAGAAGUUCAGAUCUGCUGCUUACUCUAACUGCGCUCGCAAGCCAUCCUGAUACGUCUCGAUUGGAACUGUAGUUUGUUAGCUGUUUUUGUUUUCCUUAGGUUUUGCACACUGCUCUCCUCCGGAUAUUGUCUUUCCAGCCCCUCUUUGCGAUCGUUCUCGUUUCCUACUUUUCCUACUCAGUUCUUGGUUCUGAUUGUGUUCAUUUCGACUCUGAAAAAUUAUGGCUAUUGCAACAUCUGCAAUUGGUUUCGAAGGCUUUGAAAAGAGGUUAGAGGUAGCCUUUUUCUGCCCAGGAAUCUUCUCUGACCCUGAGGGAAAGGGCCUUAGGUCUCUAACGAAGUCCCAGUUGGAUGAGAUCUUAGCACCGGCUGCGUGCACCAUUGUUUCCUCAUUGUCUAAUGAUGAAGUUGACUCAUACGUUCUCUCUGAGUCAAGCCUAUUUGUCUAUCCAUACAAGAUCAUCAUCAAAACCUGUGGUACUACCAAAUUGCUGCUUUCAAUUCCACCCAUUUUGAAGUUCGCUGAGAUGCUUUCCCUGAACGUUCAGUCUGUAAGGUACAGCCGCGGAAGUUUUAUUUUUCCAUCUGCUCAGCCCUUUCCCCAUCGGAACUUUUCCGAGGAAGUAGCAGUCUUGGAUUCCUACUUUGGGAAGCUUGGCUUAGGAAGUAUGGCUUACACUAUGGGUGGCUCGGACAAAGCACACAAUUGGCAUGUAUACUCUGCUUCAGCAGAGCCUGUCCGAGUGUCUGACUCUGUUUACACUAUGGAGAUGUGCAUGACUGGUUUGGACAGAGAGAAAGCAUCAGUUUUCUACAAAGAACAAUCUGAUUCAGCAGCCACGAUGACUGCCAAUUCCGGUAUUAGGAGUAUCCUUCCGGAAUCUCAGAUAUGCGAUUUUGAUUUUGAACCUUGUGGCUAUUCAAUGAACUCUGUAGAAGGAGCUGCUGUUUCUACAAUUCAUGUUACUCCGGAAGAUGGUUUCAGCUAUGCCAGCUUUGAAGCAUGCGGAUAUAACUUGGAAUCGCUGAAUCUCAACCAGUUGGUCGAGAACGUUCUGACAUGCUUCCAUCCAAGUGAGUUUCUGAUUGCUGUUCAUGUGGAUGUUGCUACCCAUACAUUUAAGCAGAGUUGUUCUUUGGAUGUGGAUGGAUACUGCCGCAAAGAGAGGUGCUACCAAGGGCUGGGAAGAGGUGGUUCUGUUCUCUACCAGAAAUUUGUUAAGACUCCUGGCUGUGGCUCACCUAGAACCCCUCUGAAACUCUGGAAAGAUGAAGAAGAAGAAGUGUAGUUCUGCAAAUUAGUGUCUUAAAUGUUGUGUGUUUUAGUUCAAGUGAAAAAAUAAAUAAAUGCUUGCCUUUCAGGCUGCAUGUGCAUGUUUGUGGUCUUUAUUUGGGGGGCAGUGCUUAAUGCUUUAUGCUUGGAGUUGUUUGUGUUUUACUUUGCAUCUUUCUUAUCUUUGUUCGAGUAUUGAAUUUGAAUAAUGGGAGUGUUAUGGAUUGAACACUUCUUUGGACAA